AUGGCAUUUAUAAUUAAAACCGUUAAAACUCUGAGAAAUAAUUGGAAAAAGUCCACGUUCUUCGCUGUCGUGCUGACAUGGGGCGGAAAUUACACGAAAAACUACUUUGAUACGCAGGCGUUAAUGACGGCGUACUGCGCAGAAGCGGCGCGUCACGGUCACCAAACGAUCCCAGUGACCACCGACCCACGAAAAGUGACCGUUAUCUUGAACCCGAGCGCUAAUAAGCGAACUGCGCAGGCGGACUUCGAUAGCUACUGCGCCCCCCUACUCCAUCUAGCGGGAAUCAACGUCGAAGUCGUCCGUACCGAGUCGGAAGGCCACGCGAAACGACUGAUGGAGACUUUAAAUGGGGCCGAGGCUGUCGUAGUAGCCGGCGGCGACGGAACUUUGUCCGAGGUUGUUACGGGUUUAAUGCGACGGACAAAUGAAAACGCCCCAAUCCCUGUCGGGAUUCUGCCGUUGGGCAAAAACAAUUCGAUUGGUCGCAGCCUGUUUCCAGGUUUAGAAAAAGUGACGUCAUUGGCCGAAGCUACUAUGGCGGUGAUCGAGGAAUUCACAAAACAAAUGGACGUGAUGAGGAUCGAAAUAUUAAACGACGGCGAAGAGAAAAGGGCUGUUUACGCAGUCAGCGGGAUCAAGUGGGGCGCCUACCGAGACGCGGAAGUCAAAAAAGACAGCUACUGGUAUUUUGGUGGGCUUAAAAAGUACGCCACCUAUAUUUUUAAUGGACUCAAAUCUAGCUUGUCUUGGAAUUGCGAAGCUCAGCUCUUGUAUAGUCCACCUUGUACAGGGUGCACCAACUGUCACAAAAAACAACCCCAUAUUCAACAGUCAAAGUGGUUUCAGCGUUUCAUCAAAGACCAACAGACGCAACCAUCAUUGAUAGAUAACCCUGAGUGCAGCCAACAGCUGGAAAAAAAAAUCUCCACGUCAGAUUUGACAUUGUUCACAUCAAACGUCAUUCCAAGUAGCAUCCAAGACAGCCGAUUGCCGCAUAUGAAUCUUUCCAUUGGUCCAGGUAAUGUGGACUAUGUCAAUUUUGUAAAGCAGGGCUGGAGGUUUGAGCACGGCGAGAAGCGCGAGGUUAGUGAAUCAAUUGAGGCAAGGACAAUCGAAAUCAAUCCGGAAAAUUUACCAGACAAGGAAAUUUGGUUUUCCAUUGACAAUGAGGAUUACGAAGUGAAACCCAUUAGGGUUACGUUGUUGCCAAAUGUACUAAAAAUGUAUUAUAGAAAAAAAUAA